GAAGAGAAAAUUACUGGCAGUGAAAAUGGUCUCUAAUUUAGGGACCAUUUUAAUUGGGUUAUUUGAAGCAGGUUAUAGAGUGAGUAGAAGUAGGCAUCCAAAGUCGCCGCAUUUAUUGAUACAAACAUACACAAAACUCAGUGAUAGUUAUAGAUUUGUUAUUUAUGAGAAAUUAAGCGUAAGCGUUUGAAUAAUAAACAGGUAUUGUUUAUUUAAGUUUCUUAUAGGGAGAUUAAAUAAUGGCUCCAACUGUCCAAGCAGGAAAUGCUGGUGCUGAUCGUGAUCGAAAAUUGAGACCUGGUGAAAAAAGGUCUGACUUAGUAUGCAGGGUAAAAUAUUGCAACACCUUGCCAGACAUUCCUUUUGAUCCUAAAUUUAUCACUUAUCCAUUUUCGUCUAGUCGAUUUGUUGAAUUUAAACCGACAUCAUUAGAAAGAAAUUACAAACACGACUUACUGACUGAACAUGACUUAGGGGUUACUAUUGAUUUAAUUAAUCCUGAUGCAUAUGCCAUAGAUCCUCAUGCCACUCUUCAUCCUGAUGAUGAAAGGUUAUUGGAAGAAGAUGCUUUAACUCCACAAGAUUCUAAAAGAUCACGUCAUCAUAAUAAAGCAGUACCCUGGUUAAAAAAGACAGAAUAUAUCUCUAAUGAGUUCAACAGAUAUGGAAAUCUUAAUGAGAAAACAGAAACAAAAGUUGGGUAUAAUGUUAAAAAACUGUUUAAGGAAGAGAACUUAUACAUGGAUAGAGAGAGUCAAAUUGCUGCUAUCAACAAAACAUUUUCAGAUGCUAAAGUUCCUAUUACUGAACAUUAUAGCAAGCCAAAUGUUCAUGCUGUUGAGAGCCUUCCAGUUUUUGCAGACUUUCAGCUUUGGCGUUAUCCUUUUGCCCAAGUCAUAUUUGAUGCAGAACCAGUUGCCAGCACAAUGACAGAAGAAAUGUCGCAAGCUAUGAUUAGAGGUGUAAUGGAUGAAAAAGGAGAGCAGUUUGUUGCCUAUUUCUUGCCAACUGAAGAAACUAUGAAAAAAAGAAAAAGAGAUGCUGAAAAUGAAGUUGAAUAUGAUGACGAAGAUUUCUAUGAAUACAAAAUGGCUAGAGAGUACAAUUGGAAUGUGAAAAACAAAGCUUCCAAAGGUUAUGAAGAAAACUAUUUUUUUGUUUUUCGAGAAAACAAAGUAUUUUAUAAUGAGUUAGAAACUAGAGUUCGUUUGAAUAAGAGAAGACUAAAACCAGGUGUACAACCAAACUCCAACUCAAAAUUAGUGGUUAGGCAUAGAACAUUAAAUGAAGUAGAGUUUAAGACACAGGAAUUAAGAAUGUUACAAUUAGAACCACCACAAGAGGAAGAGGAGGAGGAAGAAGAAGAAACUCAAGCUAACAAUGAAAAAGAGGAUGAAGAAGAAGAAAAUGAGGCUGAAGAGAAUGAAGAAGGAGAAAAUGAAGCUGAAGAAGAAAAUGAAGAAGAAGAGAAAGAGAAAGAAGGCUCAGCUUCCAGUGAAAGUGAAGCAGAAACUGAAAACCAAAAAGAUGAAAAGAUGGAAGAGGAUUCAGAUAAUGAAGAACAGAAGGAAACAGAAACUCAACAAGCAGCUUCCUCUUCAAGUUCCAAAUCAUCAUCAUCGUCCUCAUCUUCUUCCUCCUCUAGUAGUGAAAGUGAAGCUGAAAAUGAGAAUGAAGAUCAAAAUAAGAGAGAUGAGGAAGAAAUCUUUGGCAGUGACAGUGACUAAGUGUUUUAACUAAUAAAUUGAUGUAUCUUCUUGUAUAUAUGUUUUAAUAAAUUACUUUCAUGAUGUUACUUUUAUUUAUUUAUUUUUUGCUUAGUUGUUGAAUAAUUUUUUUGCCUUUCCUUUUGUUGAAUAUGUAUUUAUUGUAACAAUUUAUAAAUAAAUGAAUAAUCAUCUGUA